CGUCCACUUUCAUCCCUCUCUCUCUCUAGAAGAAACCUAGAGAGACUGAGAAAGUGAGUCCACACAGAAUCAGCAGCAGAAGAAUCAGGUUAUUCAGAACAAUGGCAAUGGUUCCAUGUGGUAGUGCGAUUGUACCUCAAUGCGGAAUUAGGCCUCGAUUAUUCUUCAGAUCUUCUUCAACUUCUACAAGCAAUAUGAUGCUGCGAUCAUCCGAUUACAGAAUUUCGACUCAGAUGCGGUGUUUGGCUUCAACCAGUUCAACCUCGUUUUGUCAAGAUUCAGUACAUGCACUAUUUGGAGCGGGUUCAUCUAGAACUCAGAAUCCCCGUCAGGGAACACGAUUUGUUGUUAGAGCUAAUAGUAAGUCAUUCAUUAUGCCGUUCCGUGACAAAAGUGACAGACUUUAUUAUUCGGCUAUUUACAGGAUUACUAUUCUGUUCUCGGAGUAUCAAAAAUGCUGAAAAGGCAGACAUAAAGAGUGCUUAUCGUAAACUCGCUAGGACUUAUCAUCCAGAUGUCAACAAGUAUGAUAGAGAACCUGGGGCUGAGAAAAAGUUCAAGGAGAUAAGCAAUGCGUAUGAGGUAACUGUACAAAUUUUCCUUUUUCAAAAUUAUCGUGCCUGACUAAAGGGAAACGAUCUUAGUAAGUCAAUGUUUUCCUCAUGCAUAUGGGCCUGUGACUACUUAGUUAAGGAAAAUUUGCUAGUUGGUCCUAAGCCCAUUAAGUUAGUUAUAGUAGGUCCAACCGGUUUUUAGACUUCUCAUUAGGUCCAUAAUUAUUUGAAACUAGUAAAUUACCAGCUUACCCCAGCACUACUCACGUGUGAAAUCAACCACCUUCUUGCGGUUUCUCUUUCCCGUACAACCACCUUCUUGCGGUUUUUAGACUUCACAUUCAGAGAUUUUCAAAGAGAAAAAAUUUUCUCUUCAAAGAGAGAAUAGAAACCCAAAUUCAUUUAGAGAUUUUUGAGACAACAGAUCUCAAAAAUCAUUCAGAGAAUAGUUUGCAAACCACGAUUCUGAUUCACAAGAAUAGAGAAAAACCCUAAAACCUAUAUUCUCUUCCGAUAAUGGUUAAAACAAGAAAAAUCACAAGAACAAUCCAAGAAGAAGAAACAAUAAUGGAUGAUAGCACUGCUCCUAGAACAUCAGAAGACGAUUCAAGAAUUUCAAGACGAAAAUCAAAGAGGAAAAAGAGUAAAAAGGUUGAAACACCGAAAUCGAAGAAAAAAACUUCAAAAAGUUCAUCGGAAGAAAAAAUUCAGAAAAAAGGUAAGGUUGUGCCAAAAUCUGUUAGGAAGUUGUAUAGGUCUGGUUUCACAGCAUUACAUAGCCUGGUUGCCAGAAUGAAGGCGAGUAAAUAUACUUUGAGUGAAGCCACAUUGGAAAAGAUAGCCGAAUCUUCUUAUGGACAAAUGUUUUUGAUGUUCUGGCACACUAAGUACUCAGAAAGUCAUUGGGAAAAGUUGGAAGGUGCAGUGAAAAAGUACUUGAAGUGUUACAAAAGGGGUCGAGUCAAGAAUGAGCUCGCAUUUGAGUUUGUUAGAAGAGGUGAAACACACAUUAUCACGUCGACACCAGAAAAAAUGGGUGUAAUGUUUGGAAUGCCAAGAAUGGCAGGAAGAAGAACUGAUGACACCUUUUUGAUGGGAGGUGGUGGAUGGAGGCAGAAACCAUUCUACAUUAGACACUUUGGUGAUAGCAACACGGUUACAAGACCAAUGCUACAAGAUGCCAUCUUGAAACUGCUCAAACGUACUGGAAUCAAGAAUUCUUAAUUUGAAGGUGGCGAAGACAGUGAUGAACAAGUACCCGAUAGUGAAGAUGAUGAAGAUAUGGAGUACAGGAUACCAAGAGUAGAAACUGAACAAACAAUUGAAGAUAUGGUUAAGCUAUUACCCGAUAGUGAAGAUGAUGAAGAUAUGGAGUACAGGAUACCAAGAGUAGAAACUGAACAAACAAUUGAAGAUAUGGUUAAGCUAUUAUGCUUGUUUAUGUGUAUUACUUUGUUUUUUACAACAAAAGAUGCUCAUAAACUUAAAUAAAAGUACUUUGGUUUAGUUGAUGAUCCCGAGAAGUCAAAGAUUGUAUCUUGGCCUGACCUGAUACAUAGUUUCUUAGAGAAGAAAAUCAAUCAGAAAUACAACACUCCCGAGGACAUCACUGGUUGUGUCGUCUAUUUGUUGUUGUUGUAUGCGGAGCAUAAUCACUUGGUGAAACCAGUGAGGUUACCAGAUGAUCGAUACCUUCCAAGAGCGGCAAGGUGGAACAUCAAAGAAAUAUCUGUUGAGUUUCUAAAGGAUAUGGAGGCUUCCCAAUACACACAUUCUCUAAAGAAUUUAAGGAUGAAUAUACUAUGUAUGAAAAAGAAAUGUUGAAUGAAAUUGCUCAAAGGCUUCCAGUUGAAGAGGUGCCAUUGACAGUAGAUUGGCAAGAAAAGUUCGAGGAUUUGGAAGUAAAGAAUGAAAAUUUGAGGCUGACAAUUGCAGAAAAAUGGGGUGAGUUACAGAGCAGGAAAGAGGACGGCCUCCCCAUUGAUGUGAGUAUCCUAGAAGAGCUUUUGAAUGAUAUAUAUCACAGAGCUUACCCACCUCCACAACCAAACUCGGGAGAAGAAGAAUCUAGCAGUAGCUCUGAAGAAGAAUCUAGCAAUAGCUCUGAAGAAGGGGAUGAUGAUUUGGAUGACACCGUUCCAUCAGCAACUACUCCAACAAUGCCUGUUAUGGGGGGCUCUGAAGAAAAUACCACACAAUUCGAUAAUGAAGUUUCACAGUUUAAAAUUUGGGCUAGAUCUGAUUUGGAGCGAAAAGUGAAAGAGCUGCAAGAGGAAAAGAGCAUGCUAGAACCAUCACAGGGUGCAUCGCUUGAAGAAAUGUUGCCGAAUAUGCAGUUUAUGCCUUUGGUUUGUGAGCUGCCGAGUCUCAAAGAACUGCAUACCAUGCCGAUGGAGAAACUGAUUGACCUGGCCAUCCAUGGGAAGGGUAUUUAUACCGAUGAGUACUCAAAAUAUCUACAAGCUGAAAUUAUGGGAGAUCCUUAUCCAUCCUUAGGAAUUCUUAGUCUGGAGUACCCGUCGACUGGUAGUUUACCAAGCUUGGAAAAAAUGCAAUCUUCUCAAAUCUUCGACAAAUUUUAUGCUAAAGAUCUGGAUCCUCCAUCACAAGUUUCAAGACCAACUUUUGACUUGGGUUUAGGACCAAGUGAUCAAAAUGGAGAAGAGGUGCAGCAGCGUGCAAUUGAUCUAGGUGCACCUGAUCCACCUCAAAUCCAUCUUGCAGCUGCGCUUGCGCAUAAUGAAGCUUCAGUUGCUAGAGGAGCAUCAGAUCAAGCUCAAACGGAUCCCUCGGAUGAGCAAGCUCAAAUCGAUACUGCACCUACACUUAAUGAAGCCUCUGCAAUUGUUUUAGCUAUAGCUGAACAAGCUCGUUUGAAAGCUGAUCUUCAGCAACCUGAACAAGAAGGAACAAGGAAACCUUGGGAUCCCAUUCCAUUCAAUGAAGUAGAAAGGAAGAAGAAAAUGAAGAAUGACAGAAAGCAACAGCCUACUAAACAAUUAGAGAGUCUUAAGUAUCCAGUUUUAGAUGCUGAAAAGGCAGAGGAAGCUCGACUGAAGAAGAAUAUGAGCGCCGAAAAAGCUAAUGCAUAUGCUGAGACUCUCCAACUUCUUUCUGAGCUACAGAAGGAUAACGAACCUGGAGUUAGUCAAACAUCAGAGGAAGAUGACGUAACACUUGCCAAGAGACUCGAAGAUAGGCUGGUUACAAAGAGUAAUGAAGUCAAACCAAUAGCGAAGUCGACUACGUCAGUCAUGGACAAGGAGAAGAAAAAGCCGACUAUCUCAGCCAAGGAGAAGAAACUUACUCCAAAAAUCACAUACACCCCUCAGAAGCCAGUAACUCGGAGCCACCCGCAGAAAAGAGUUGAUCCUGAGUUUGCUAGUGGCAAAGGACUGUCGGGACCUAAAAGGCGAAAAACAAAGUCCAGAACUGAAAACCCAGUUGAAAAAGAUUUCCCAACAGAGAAAGUUCAUAAAAAGGAUGCGCGAGGAUGUGAGAAAGAGAAAAGCUAAAGGUGAUCAAAAUCUGCAAGAACUUACUAAAAAAGUGAAGAAUGCACGCAAGUUGUUGAGCCUAAGGAAAUCUCCGUUCUAUAAGGAUUUGAGUUCACAACAAAGAGCGCUUCUCUCUCCUUUUUUUGACAAAGCUACCUCAAUCAACAGUGCUUGGAAAGCUCCUGCUGUGAUUGGUCAUCACAUAUUAUCUGCAGAGACAUUUGAAGAUCUGCUACAUGACAGGGCUUUAGAGGGAGAUCUUAUAAAUUACUGGCAAUACCAACUGAAAAAAGCAUAUCAUAAUGAGCAACCGGUGAAUGGACAGAGAAAGUACAUUCCAGUACUCCACAUUGAUCCAACAGGCUGGUUUUAUUUAAGUGACCCAGUACAUCAAGUAGCAGCAAACACUGCUGUCUUCUUACCCAUCAGGAAUAUGGAGGAAGGAACCAGGAAGAUUAUUAUUCCAAUGUCACACCAAAACGUGCAUUGUUCUCGAAACUAUGGUGUUUGUGUUUAAUCUAUGUACAGUUGUUUGGCUUUAUAAAAAUGUUGACAUGUUGGAUGGUAAAAGUCCAUAAUAUGAAGUGUUUUGGUGUGUCUUAUGUAACAUAGACCGGCUAUUAGAUUCAAUUGAAGAAUAUGACUCUCUAAA